AAACAAUAACCACGCGGACAGCUCGUGGUACGAUCUCAUUGCCAGGGACUUGAAAAUUGGGACUCCUUGUGGACGAAGAUUUCGAGAGGAAAUUUGUCGAAAAACCACGACAUUUCAAGAUGGCAGGACUGCCACAAGAUGUUGUCCAGCAACAACAUAACCAGGCAAUUCUUGUGCAACAACAGCCGCAAUUUGAAGUGACAGAACCGGUUGUAGUCCAGCAACAACAGCAGGUUGUUCGUCGCUUCGAUCCUGAAGCCCACGAAUUGCACAAAGAUUUCCGUCUGACGCGUUACACCGAGUUGAAAGGAUGAGGGUGCAAGGUCCCUCGGGAGGCUCUGCUCAACCUCCUGAAGGGACUCGAACCGAAUGAAGGGGAACAGGGACAGGGAGAUAAUGCAGAAUACAUGCAAGUCCAGUCCGGUGUCCCCAAAUUCGGUAUUGGUAUGGACUGCAGUGUGACACCCCUACGUCAUGGCGGUCUGUGCCUUGUACAAACUACAGAUUUCUUCUUUCCUCUUGUUGAUGACCCCUACAUGCAAGGCCAAAUUGCCUGUGCUAAUGUUUUAAGUGAUUUGUAUGCGAUGGGAGUGACAGAAUGUGACAACAUGCUUAUGUUGCUGGGAGUACCCAAGGCUUUCACCGAUAAGGAACGAGAUGCUAUCAUGCCCCUCAUCAUGAGAGGCUUCAAGGACAAAGCCGCAGAAGCUGAGACAUCUGUGACUGGUGGCCAGACAGUUAUCAACCCAUGGUGUCUUGUUGGUGGUGUAGCUACAUGUGUAUGUCUACCAACAGAUAUUGUGAGCCCCAACAAUGCUGUGGUUGGUGAUGUCCUGGUGUUGACCAAGCCUCUAGGUACCCAGAUAGCCGUCAAUGCCCACCAGUGGUUGGACCAGCCGGAGAAAUGGAAGAAGAUCCAGUCUGUGGUAUCACCUGAGGAGGUGGAGAGGGCUUAUCAAGAGGCCAUGUACAACAUGUCACUCCUCAACAGAACCGCUGCCUCACUGAUGAGGAAAUUCAAUGCCCAUGGAUCGACUGACGUGACUGGUUUUGGAAUCCUAGGCCAUGCCAAAAACCUGGUGGAGAAUCAGAAGAACGAGGUACGCUUUGUCAUCCACAACCUGCCCGUCAUCGCAAACAUGCAGAACGUUGCCAAAACCUGCGGAAAUCAGUUCCAGCUGCUUCAGGGCUACUCUGCUGAAACAUCAGGUGGUUUGCUGAUCGCUUUCCCUCGUGAGCAGGCUGCUGCAUUCUGUCGUGAGAUGGAGAAGAGCACUGGCCACACAGCUUGGAUCAUUGGCAUAGUAGACAGGGGUUCACGCACCGCGCAAAUCAUCGAGAAGCCUCGUGUUAUAGCCGUCACCACCAAGAUGAAUUAGGACAUUGAGAGGAAAAGUGUACACAGAAGAAUGUGCAACACGGCGAAUUCCAUUCUUUUGUGAUUUGAACACUGAUAUUUAACAUCAAUGAACAGUGACCAUGUGCUGGUGCAUAUUUUUAAUCGGGUUCUUCUGAGGCUUCAGUGGCGGAAUCCAAGAUGAGAAAUAAUUCUGUUUUGAGAAAUGGCUCCUGCAUUAUUCAAUUGACCAGGAGGCAUCCAAUAGAUCAAUCAAUCCUCAUGGUUGUUAGUUCUUAAAAAUAUGAGGUAUAAAUGUUUUGAAGUUCCUGGCGAAUGAAAUUAUGAAUUCUGUAAUUCUGACUAUUUCUACUCUUGAGGUGAGUUAAUAAUUUGAGUAAGCAAUCAGAAAAUAAUGUAAGUCACCCUUGCACUAAUAGCAUCAUUUUGUUUAAUGAGAAAUUCUUCAGAAAUCUUAAUAUAGCUUGUUUACUCAUCACCUCAUUUUCAAUAUACUGUACAAUUUGCACUGUUAAAGUUCUUGUCAAUGCUGCUAUACAAUUUUCAAAUAUCUGUCAUUCUAAUUUCUGUCAUUAACAUUGACAUGACACAUGUUGUGACGUUACAGUAGUUAAGUUCAAGUUCAGGUGAACAUCUAACAUUAAUUAAUGGAACUUCAUGAGAUCCUGAUAGAAUCGAGGCCUGUAAAAAAAUAUGGCAUACCAGUCAGAUCUGAGCCAAAAAUAAACUGAGUUAUUUUUCUGGGAAAGUGAUGAAAAGUGAAACUAAAGGAAUGAUCAUAAUGAAGAAAAAAGAGGAAAAGAUGAUCUAGUGAUUAUUAAAAUUUCAUAGCAGAUAACUGUCAUUUUAAGCUGAAUACAUUUAGGCAAAAAUCAUCUAAUCACAUGUACGUAUAUUCAUAUUGCAUGUAGUGAACUUCUAAUUGCCAUUUGAUGUCUAUUUGGGGGUCAAAAUAACAUAUCAUUUGGCAAAACAUUCCAAUGGACAAAAAUAUGUUAUAAUUGCUUCUUAACUGUCCUUUACAAUUCUUGUUUUCGUAUAAUCUAGUUGCUGUUAUGCAGACACAACCGUAAACUCAUUUCCUUUCCCUCGAGUUGAGUGCAUAGUGAUUAUAUCCAAUGCAUUUUUAGCUCUUUUGUGUCUUAAAGAUUUUUGUUGAACUUAUUGAAUGGAGUGGAUAAUUGUUCCCCCUCAAGCUGGCCUGCAUGCUAAUUGGUCCGGGUAUUGAGCAAACACUGGAGUACAAUUGCAUGCAUGCUCUGAUUCAAAAGCUUUUGGGUCUCCAUCACAUUUCACCGCUGCUUGGCCUAGCUCUACAUGAAGCUGCAUCCGUAAACCAACCGGGAUGGAUUUCUCGGGUGGGGCGAUGUGGUGGAUCUCUUUCUCGAGCUUGUGCCAAGCCUGGUGAUGUGAUGCAGAUUAGGUUCCUAUCUUUCCCUCCUUAUUAUGUUUUUGUAUUUUUUCCUUUUUACUUUUUUGAAAAUCUGUUUCAUUUUCCAGAAAUCAUUGCGAAAUGUCCAGCUUACACUUUUCAUUGCAUUGCAGAUCAUUCAGCAUUACAGUUCAAUAAAAACUUCAUGUAUUGCUGUCAA